AACAACGUCGAGAAGCGUAUCAAAAAUGACGGACAAACAACAAGGAAAUCAGGAGGUGAAGCAAUCACAGGGAUAUCAACUGUGGGGUGGACGCUUCACUGAAAAGCCCAACGGUGCGAUGAUGGAGCUGAACAAUAGUUUGCUCCACGAUGCCCGUCUCUAUGCGGACGAUUUGGAUGCGAGCAAAGCCUACGCCGAGGCACUCCACCGGGCAGGUCAUCUCAAGGACGCCGAGUGUGAUAAGCUGGUUAAGAGUCUGGAGCUGAUACGCUACGAUUGGAUCGAGAGUCUCGUCAAGUUUCUACCCAGCGAUGAGGAUGUCCACACGGUCAAUGAACGUCUACUUGUUGAGAUUACCGGAGAAUUGGGAAAGCGCCUCCACACAGGACGUAGUCGCAAUGAUCAGGUUGUCACCGACAUGAAACUCUGGCUACGCAAGGCCAUCCGUGAGACUUUGGGCCGGCUGCGUCUGCUUAUCAAGUCCAUGGCCGAGCAAGCGGAGACGCAUUUGGGCGUCCUCAUGCCGGGAUACACGCAUCUGCAGCGUGCUCAGCCCGUGCAAUUCUCCCACUGGCUGCUCUCCCAUGCCUUUGCCCUGCGCGAGGAUUGCAUGCGUCUCGGCGAGCUUCGUGAUCGGUCCAAUGUCUUACCUUUGGGUAGUGGUGCUCUUGCUGGAAAUCCCUUGGGCAUUGAUCGACUGUGGCUGGCUGAACGUCUGGGAUUUUCUGCAGUUACUGGGAAUAGCAUGCACGCAGUGGGAGAUCGAGAUUUUGUGGUUGACUUUAUCUAUUGCUGUUCUAUGAUCAGCCUGCAUCUGUCGCGCCUGGCCGAGGAUCUCAUCAUCUACAGCACCAAGGAGUUUGAUUUUAUCCGAUUGGCAGACCCAUAUGUUAGUGGCAGUAGUUUGAUGCCACAGAAGAGGAAUCCAGAUAGCUUGGAAUUGAUACGUGGCAUCUCCGGACUAAUCACGUCCAAUCUGACGGGCAUUAUGAUGACCAUUAAAGGUACCCCGUCUUCCUACAACAAGGAUCUGCAAUUCGAUAAGCAAUAUUGCUUCCAAGCCUUCGACAAACUGUCACAGAGUCUCAACGUCGCAGUUGGUGUAAUACAAACGAUGACAGUGCAACGUCAUCAAUUGGAAUCAGCUCUGAGCUCAGAUUUGUUGGCCACUGAUUGGGCCUAUUAUCUGGUGAAGAAGGGUGUGCCUUUCCAGGCGCAUCAUCACAUUGGACUCGUCGUUACAAUGGCAGAACAGCGAGGCGUGGACAUCACAGAGUUGCCACUGGGUGAACUGCAGCAGAUUUGUAAAGCAUUUGGCUCUGACAUUGCCAGCGUGGCGGACUAUGCGGUAAAUUUGCAGAAAUAUGAUGUAAUUGGAGGCACCUCCACGGCGAGCAUUAUGGAACAAUUGCGACUACUUAAGAAACUGGACAAGGAGUUGAUCCAGCAAUCUUAGUUUAGGGACUGGCCCCGCUUUUAUUUUUAUUUGAAUUUUGUUUCAAGUAUAGUUAACAAAUGAUA